GGGAAAGCCUUUGAAGGGACCGCGACCAUCCUCUUUGAAGAAUCUCUGGCAAAGUACAGCAACAAGAAGGCCUCCUCCUCAUCUGGGUCUGAAGAAGUCGGGAGCUACCAGCUGUGCAAACGGAACUCUAACAAACCCCAGAUUUUGUUGAUGUUUCGAUCCGGAUCACCGAGGAAAGAGAAGAACCUAGUUCACACCUGGUUACAGGUUACGCUUAUCGAUAUUGCAUAUGGAUAUCACGAUCUUGUUAUGGUACUAUUUGGCAAAAUUUGCAGGGUGUCUUGGAACUUUUAUGCGAUUGACUUUAUAGUUUGACUAUCUGGGAUGUUAAUGAAUGAACGCUGAAUGUUCAAGAGUUGUGAUUUCGUGUAUGUGAACGUUAUGAGAUGC